AUGUCUGCGUUCCGCAAAAACCCCGAUCCAAGUCCCCAGGACUCAAGACAUCGCCAACUGAAGAAAGAUGAUGCCAUCAGGCGCAAGAUUGAACACGAGCUUUCAAAGAAACGUAGCUUGGGCUCCCGGGUGUCCCGUCGCGGGAAGGCGCUCCCAGGAACAGUCAUGUAUUUGAAACCCUCGGAGCCCAUUAUUUGUAAGAUUUCAGCAACGGUGUACGAGGCUGCGCAGUUGAUGUCUGCCCGCAGAGAAAAUUGCAUUUUGGUGGUGAACGACCACGGUGAGUUAAUUGGCAUAUUCACUGCGAAAGACUUGGCCUUCAGAAUCGUGGGGUCGGGAUUGAGUGCCACCACAGUGACCAUCGACCAGAUCAUGACUCCAUCGCCGCUAUGUGCAAACUCGAACAGCCCAGCCGCUGAGGCAUUGACCCUUAUGGUGGAAAAGGGGUUCAGGCAUCUUCCCGUCUUGGAUGACCAGAACCGCAUUGUCGGGGUGCUCGACAUCACCAAGUCCUACGCACAGCAGAUGGAGAAAUUAGAGAAGUUGAGCGUUUCUUCGAAAAAAUUGCAUGAGGCGCUUGACAACGUGCACCUUGAGAUCGGCUUGGCCGACCAGUCGCCGUACGUACUUGAGUACUUUGCCAGCUUGAAGUCCAAGAUGGACGGGCCCACGCUUCUGUCGGUGUUGGAUCAUACCACCAGCCCCGUAUACGCGACAAUCAAAACCUCGGUUUACGAGGCAACCUUGCUCAUGAAGGAAAAUCGCACCACUGCAGUGUUGGUGAAGGACACCAACGACGUGGUGUCGGGAAUCUUCACCUCCAAAGACGUGGUGUUGCGGGUGAUUGCCGCAGGCCUAGAUCCCCGAAAAUGCUCACUUGUGAGGGUGAUGACGCCUCAGCCAGAUGUGGCCAAUUACUCGUUUCCUAUCCAGUCGGCGUUGCGCCAGAUGUUUGAUGGGCAUUUCUUGAAUCUUCCUGUUGUUGGUGACAACAAGGAAAUAAUUGGCAUUGUGGAUGUGUUGAAGUUAACUUACGCCACAUUGAACCAGAUCAAGAAGAUCGAGCUGACUUCUGCAGAAAACUCUGCCAGCAAUUCUCCAGAGGAGGGUCCCGCCUGGAACAAGUUUUGGACUUCGCUUGACAACGAUGACUCCGACUCCAUGCAUUCAGACUCAAUCACAAGUGCACCUGAUGUCACUCCAUCUGAAUUUAGGUUGUUCAAUGUAGACAUUAGGCCUUCGGACUCGAUAUCUGCGGUAGAGGAGAGUAUGUCCUCGAAGCCAGCCGACUCGAGUAUUCUGCUCAGCGAAGAAACUUUUAUUUUCAAAUUCAAGUCGCCUGCAGUUCGUGGCCGUGUUCAUCGUGUCUCCGUGAAGCCCAACGAGACUCUUGAAGAUUUAAGAAGGUUCAUUGAUGCAAAGCUUCACCAGACGGAUUAUGAAGCUUUGAAAGUCUUUGAUCAUCUGAAAGAGACAUAUGCCAUAAGCUACAUUGAUGACGAAGGUGACGUGGUAUCCAUCACGUCAAACGAAGACUUGAGAGAUUGCGUGAAGGUUAAUCGUGACUUCCAAAGCAACAAGGCCGACUUAUACCUCCACAGUCCCAACGAGGCUGCCCCAGUUGAUUUGUCGAGACGCCCGGGACAUAAUGUUCAACCAGCCAGUGGCGAAUUGAUUUCUGGAAUUCCAAACUAUGCAAUUAUAUCUGGGGUAUUGUGCUUAGCGUCGGCGCUCACAGCUGUGAUGGUUGUUUCCAACAAAAGGUGA